AUUGUACGUCUGGAAGGAUGAGUCCAGUCGUUGUCCUCAUCAAUAUUAACCAGUCCUGACCAAUCACAUUUGACAAUCGUGUCAGUCGGAUUGUCAUUUCUUUCUCUUCUAGGUGAACAUUUGGACGAAAAGUUCUACUACAUCAAAGUAGGAAGUGAAGAACUUACGUGCAACAAGUGUGAAAAACCUGUGAAGAGUCCUGAAACUGAACAUGAUGUAACUGUGUCUUACCUUGGAGAGGAAUUGGACGUGAAAGAAGCUAAGUAAUGUUCAAGAUUCAAAUACAUUUAACAUUAACAUGAUGCUAUUUCUACGAUAUUAGUCUGGAUGUGUCUUCGCUUGCUUUUUCUGUAGCAAUGUUGUGAAGAACGUGAUUAAACAGGCCCAGACUAUGAGUGAGUCUUCGGCACAAAUCAACGGUGGAAAAGGUGUUACUGGAAUAGUCUUAAAACCAGAGCCUGUCAAUGAGGAGGAAAUCACUGUUGGUUUCCAAAGUCCCGAUAAGCCUUCUAAGAUCAUAUCAGACCAAACACAUUUGUCGGAAUUUUACAAGGUUAUCACCUUGUCCAAAGAAGCUUUUCAGAAGAGCAGAAACUCGAACAAUACUGUUACAUUUGAUGCGUUUGCAGUCAUUAUUAAGUUCCAGAACAUGUCUAAGGAUGAGAAGAACAGCACUCUUUUAGUGAAUGAGGUCAUAGCAAUCACAAUGGGAGUGGCCAUCACCAACCUCACUGACAAAAUCUCCAUCCAUUACAAGAACGUGAAAUUUGAAGGGAAUCCAGUAUGUUCUUCCUGGAACGGCACAGGUUCUAGACCAGUGUGGACAGACGAUGGGUGUGAGACAAAGAUAGACGGGGACAACAUCACGUGCUUGAUUUCACACCUGACAUAUUUUGCCAUCUUAUUGACUCCUGUCAACGAAACCAUCUCAGAUUCUGAUCUGAAAAACCUCACCAUCAUCACCAGGGUUGGCUGCAGCCUGUCCAUGAUCUUCCUCGCCGUCAUCCUCUUCAUGCACUUCCUGUUGAGGAGGACAAAAGCCAAUACCUCCACAAAGCUUCUGAUGCACCGGGUGUCGUCCAUGUUCCGGCUGAACUUGUGCUUCUUGGUCAACGACCUUGUGGCCUCUCUGAAGAACUCUGUGGCUUGUCAAAUUAUGGGGGCUGCCAUGCACUACUUCCUGUUGGCCACCUUCACCUGGUUCGCUGUGCACGCCUUUCACCUCUGCCUGCACGUGUACACCCAGGGCAUUGAUCAGAUCAGCCGCUACCUGCUGAAGGUCUCCAUCCCCAGCUGGGGAAUUCCCAGCGUGGUUGUAAUUGUCCUGCUGGCUACUGGAAAGUACGGCGAACAAGUCAUCAGUGCAGAUGUCGGUGCUCAGACUGUGACCAUGUGCUGGUUAACGAACAACGACGUCCACCUGAUUGUCAACGUUGGUUACUACAGCCUGGUCUUCCUCUUCACCUUCACCACAUUUAUCAUCAUACUCACAUGGGUUGUUUGCAUCAGGAAGACCAAAACUGAACACAGUCAAGUCAACAGAAGUGGUGUGGACAUCGUGACCAUUAUGGGGCUGUGCUGCAUGAUGGGAAUCACCUGGGGUUUCGCCUUCUUUGCCUACGGUGCUGCUCGCAUGGUCUUCUACUACGUUUUCACCGUCUUGAAUUCUUUUCAAGGUUUCUUCCUGUUUAUCUACUACUACAAGAAUUCAAAGCGCAGACCCACCGAGCAACCUGAGUCAAGUUCCAACACCACCGCAGUGAGCUACGGGCUGCAAGUCUUUGAAAACCCCUACAACAACCUGCCUUUGAAGAAACUCACCUGAGGAGCAGACAGUGAGGACAGAAGUGACCGGAAUGACCUGGAACGUGAAGCAGUCUGUGCUUCAUACAUUUUACUCCUGUAUUUAACCAUUUAUAGCUCCCCCUGGUGGAACGAGAAAGCAAAAUUCCCAAAUACUCUACAUUUAACCUUUUCACAUAUGACACGUUAUGUUAAAUGUAGAGUAUUUGGGAACUUAGUACUAAUUAAGUACUACACAUAUGUCAUAUGUGUAGUACUUAAUUAAACAGGUUUUUGAAUUAAACCAAAGUUACUCACAUAACUGAUGCCAAUGGUUAGGUUACAUGUGAAUUAGCAUGUUUUGACUGAUUUUAACCAAGAAAAGAGUGCAUAUGAAAUCUUUAUUCAUUAAAAAUUACAAAUAUAACAUGUAACAGAAAAUA